CACAUAUAUGCACUUAGCUCCAUCUCUGGAAAGCUGUCAUUUUCAGAAGAAGUGGUGCAUGCAACAGGGAAGGACGUUUUCUACUCCGAUCAACGACAAAGACAUUCUCCUAAAGAACAAUGUCGUCAGAGCUCGAGAAGGCCAUGAUAACCAUUGUGCAGAUCUUCCACAAGUAUUCUAGAGACAAAUGCAAGCUGAAAAAGGCGGACCUGAAAGAUCUUAUCAACAACGAAAUGAGCCAGUUUAUCAUUAAAAUUCAGGACAAGGAUACACUUGACUUGCUAUUUACUGAUCUGGAUCAAAACAAAGAUCGAGAGAUUGACUUCCCGGAGUUUAUGCCUUUCAUUGCCAUGGUGACAUCAGCGCAUCACGAUCUGUUCGCGACGAAGCAAAGCCAUUAAAAUAAUAGUUUUUGUAAAAAAUAAACGAUGGUCUAAUGGCGAUGUUCAGAUUUUUACUGCAUAAAUCGUUCACAUUAGUUGCGAUUAUUUUAUUUUGUAUUAAACAUCAUAAGACACUUGACCAAUGCAACAGAAGCACUCAUUCUAUUGUUCAAUUCAAUUCAAUUUUAUUUAUAUAGCGCUUUUAACAAUGGUCAUUGUCUCAAAGCAGCUUCACAAAAAUGAAAGAAAUUCAUUAAAAAAAUAACAAAAAAUUAAAUACAAAUAAUAA